ACUAGAUCUUCUAGAUCUAGAGAUUUGACAAUCAAGAUGCUACUGCUCACUGAAGCUUUUCUUCUCAUUUUAGCUGCCCUAGCACAGGAUCACAGAACUGCUGUUGAAGGACAGAUAUUUUCACUGGAUAUGGCACCGAAUUCUGUCGAUGACCAAUAUGACGGUUGUACUAUGGAAAUGGCAAAUCUGGUGAAGACAUUUCUAAAGAAGGAAAGAUCUGGAUCAGCUGAAUUUAAUAACACUUGGGAAGAAGGUGAAGAGAAUGCAAAGAAAGCAGAGGAUAACUUGCAGCAGAUUCAUUCCGUCGCUAUUUAUGUUUACACUAACAAAGACUCUAGAGUAUAUAGUAAUUUCACUAGUGCCACUCGUACUGAAAAACAGAAAUACAGAGAGGGGACAUUCAAAUGGUAUUCACUUCACUUUCUGUUAACAGAAGCGAUACAGAUUUUGAAAAAAAAAGAAAAUAGAUGCUAUGUAACUUAUCGUGGUACAAAUGUUAAAUUUGAUGUUAAGAGCAAAGAGGUUCGUUUGAGCUCAUUUUCAUCCUCCUCUCUUGAUCGAACCGUAAUACAGGGUUUGGGAAAUAAUUGUUUUGUAAUCUACACUUGUGAAGGUGCUAAUCUGACAAAAUACUCUAAGUAUCCCAAUGAGAGAGAGGUGCUGAUUCCUCCAUAUGAGAAGUUUAAAGUCACUGCUGUCAAAAAUAGGACAGAUCAGCCUGAUCUCUGGUGUGAAACUGUGUUUGUGUUGAACAGCACUGGAAAAAGUGACCUGAGUUGUGCAUUGUUUAACAGUGGAAACCAUUCUGCCUUCUUUAAUGUUCUACUAAUUUUGCAAAUAUUAUUUUACAAAGUGUUUACCUGAUAACAGGUUUAUUUUACAUUUCACGUUGUUACUAAAAUUUGAAUUUCUUGUCAUGCUUAAUUUAAUGUAAUA